AUGUCCAAUGAAGACUUUCCUCAGGAGGAGUACAAGUACUCUUGGAAUCCCAGCUCUUCAAUGCUUCUGCAGGAUUUUCUGACCAAGUUUAAGCCCUCUAUGGUUCAGAAUGAUGGCUCGAAACCAUGGAUUUGGGUCCGGGGAUCUGAAAACCCCAAAUCGUCCCAGGAUUACGCUGAAGCAUAUGCGGAGGCGUCCGAACUUCUUAAAAAGGUCACCGAAAAGGUGGAGAGCAUCAAGAAUGACGAAUCUAUUCCAACACGAUCUAACAAGAAAACUGGCGCCAAAAGUAAAAAGGAAGUGAGAGAGCAGGUGCAAGCAGAGGCAACAGAGCAAUUGAAGGAAAUAGCUAUAAAGCAUGGUUAUGUUUGUGGGAAAUGGCUUAUUUUUGCAGCCGCCGAUAAAGUAGACCAAAUUUGGUCGGCAAUAGCAAAGUCACUUGUGUCUGGACCCUUGCAUGCAACGCCCGCAUACUUAGCAAAGGUUUCAACUUCCCCCCAACAUGAGACGCCUAAUGCACAACAUCUCAUUUGCGUUUAUCUUCCUGACGUCUACGACAAAGCCAGUGUGACCGAGGUUAUGAAGCUUUUACUGAGAAAUCACGGCGUCAACCUGAGUGGGGUCAAAUCAGAUCUUUAUACACAUAUCGGUAUUGACAGUAAACAUCCUAGUGGGGUACCAUCGACGGAUUUGAAAAACGCAUUCUUUGCGGAACUUAAUGCCAGCAAAUCCCUCCCCAAAUCUGAAGCUGCAAAAGCGACAAUAGUUAAUGCUUCUGACUGCAAUGACGAAAAUACCCAGAGCAAAGACGAAGUCAAACCGAAACCGAAACCCAAACCCAAGUUGAAAAGGAAAAUGGAUGACCCGUUUGCUUCUGAGGAGGAGGAGGACGGGACCACGAAGAUAGUUGUUGGAGAAACUAAAAGUAAAACCAAGGCUAAGCCCAAACUGAAGAGCAAAGCGGCCGAAGAUCCUUUCGCCACGGACGACGAGGAUAAUAAGAUCGAACAAAAAAUUAAGAGGCCUGCAAAACUCGGAACGAAACGUAGCCAGUCUCCACACGGAAGUGACGAGGGAGCUACAAAUCCAAAGAAGAAAAAGGUCUCCAAAAGUGAUUGA